GCCUAGCGCGGCGAGGCUGAAGCAACCAACACCGCAAUUCGAGAUUUUUACGAUUGUUGGUGGCCCUCAAGGUGACCAUCUUCUCUAUUGGCUUCACCCAGUCGCGAGCGUAGAGUCCCUCUCUCAUCACCACUAGGCAGUACAGUCUCAUUGGAAGGCAACAGUGGCGGCACGCUGAUCAUUACCAGGAUAUCACCGGCCAUGGCAGACCAGGUAAUUGGGGUACUCGAAGCGACGCUUUCGCCAGACGCCAACGUACGCACACAGGCUGAGCUUCAGCUAUCGUCGAUCCACGCUGAGGCGGAAUGCGGCUCAAUACUGGCGGACGCUCUUUUGGCAGCUCAGCUACCCAUGCACAUUCGCCAAGCAGCAGGCAUCAAUUUGAGGAAGUGGGUGAACGAGAGAUGGUCUCCUCAAUUAUCGGCUUACAUCGGCCUCAGAGACCCAAGCGGGAGCAGUGCAGCCAUAGCGACUCCACCGGAGCUCAAAAGCAGCAUCAGAGCCAAAUUGCUGGAAGCGUUGAAGCUGCGGGAGAAACCGCUCAGGCUGGCGGCCGCGUACGCCCUCUCAGCGGCUAGUGCUCCUGAUUGGCCAGACGAUGCGCCGGAGCUGCUGCCGUCGAUCCAGCAAUUGCUGGACCAGCAAAGCUCUUCCAACGUCGAUGCGGUACACGGUGCUAUGGCAUUCUUGUCGGACUUUGUGUCUGGGGAUCUGGACGAGAACCAGAUCGUGGCGGUGUCGAGACAGUUGCUGCCGAGCUUAGAGCGAGUGCUCGGUGCUGAUCAGCAAUACUCGGGCUUUGUUCGCGCUCGAGCGGUGCUGGUCUUCAGACAUCUCCUCGAGACGCUCUUCAUGGUGCGCGAGUCGUAUCCCGAAGCGUCUCAAGCGACGGCAGACGAGGUCUUGCCGCGGUGGCUGGCAGCUUUGGAAGGCAUUGUCGUGAGCGCGCAAGCGUCGCUGAGCUUGGAAGUGCUGGGCUUGCAGGAGCAAAUUUGGAAGACCCUCAAGGUGGCUCUGAACUUCAGGAGCCACAUCAAACCCUACAUUGCUCGCCUCACCAACAUAGCAGUCUCCAACCUGGCACAGCUCACCUCAGCCUUUACUGCAGCUCACGUGUCGCCGAGCGAAGAUGGGCCUUCGGCUGCUGGAUCCACCGAAGGCGAUAGCGACGUGUCUUCAGACGUGCCUCGUCUCGCUUCGCAAAUUCUCGACUUUGUCACGAGCUCGAUUCGGCUACCCUCCGCCAAGUCUGCACUGCUGCAUGUGGAUAGCACCACCGCUGCGAGUGCACCGCCCCCAGCACUGGCAUCCUUGGUCGAAUCGCUGCGCAGCUUCUCAAGGAUGACGCGCGAAGAUGAGGAGGAAUGGUCAAGCGACAUCGGCGCCUUCGUUGCUGCUUCGGACGAUGAAGAAGGGCUUGGCUGGGCUCUUCGAGGAAGUUGUGCGGAUGCUUUGGGCGGCCUCCUCGAAGAUGCCGCACAACCCACGCUCGGAUGUCUGCAACGCGUGGCAGAGUCCACUGCUCGCCACGUCAGCGACACCCACGGUCCCGAUGUUUGGAAGGAAAGCGAAGCGGCUUUGGCGCUGUUCGGAGGAGUCGCAGAAGCUGUGUUGGAGCACAAGGAGGAGGAUGCGGCUGGUAGUAGUUGCACCACGGCCGGCGCCCUCGAUCUGGGAAAUAUCUUCACCACCAUGGUACUGCCGAACAUGUCCCUUCGUUCCGGUCCCUUUUUGCUUGGACGAUGCUUCGUGUUUGCAUCUCAGUACGCUUCCGCAUUACCUCCACCCCUCGCAGCUGAGAUCUUGGAAGCAGCAGUGCGAAGCGUUGAGGACAACUCUAGCGAUGGAGCCGAGGGCGAUGCUAUCAUCAAGCUGUCUGCAGUGCGAUGUAUCAAAAACUUCUACCGCCACCUGGACGCGCAAGCUGUGAGGCCAUACUCUGCACGAGUCGUAUCUCGUCUGGGCCCUCUACUGGCUGUCACUACCACUUCAACGCUCGUCUUGAUCGUAGAAACGCUCCAGCUGGUGGCCACUCAGAGUCAAGAUGAGCACGGCGGUACUAACGCUAAUGGCGUGCCCGCAGGGGUUUAUGCAGAGGUGAUCAAUGCAACGCUAACGGCGUGGUGUAGGGAUGCGAAAGACCACGUCUUGCUCUCUGUUGUCGAGGACAUGCUUGAGUUACUCGCUGGAGGAGCAUCGCACGCGCACGCACACGCGGUCACAUCAUCUGCUCUGGCGGCCCUUUCGCAAAUCGUCAAGCAGAAGGAGAGCGGUAAUGUUGACUCGGAGGGCGCCGUACUCGCAGCCGGCUCUUUCGAGCUCAUGGCUGCGACGCUUCGAGGAGCCUCUAGCGACACAUUGUCACACAUCGACUUGUCUCAAGAGGUGUUGCCUGCCCUCGUGGCAACUUUGACGGUCAGCGACGAUCGCGAUAUCCUGCAGCGCGGCGUCGAAUGCUUGACACAUCUUGUCCGGAAAGCUACGCAGCAAACGCUUGCGUGGACCGAGCCCGGGACUGGCACAACUUCCAUCCAGAAGACUCUUGCAAUCGUCGCCCGGCUUCUGGAGCCUGCCGACGAGUUUGAGAGCGGAGGCCUUGCGGUCGGGGACCUGCUCAUUGCCCUUCUGCGCAAGGCCCCGCAAGCUGUCGUUGAGGUCCUGCCGGACCUACUUCGCGCUCUCGUCACGCGACUCGCGUCAGUUCGCACCUCUGCCUUUGCUCAAUCCUUGAUCGUCCCGUUCGCAUAUCUCAUGCUCGAACAGGCGACAACGGUGAUAGAGCUGCUCGAAGGAUUCCACACCCAGCUGGCCAGUGAGUCGAGCGGCUCGGGCCAGACUGUGUCCGGUCUUGAGGUGCUGGCUAGGCGAUGGGUCGAGCACGCAGAGACGAUCCAAGGCUUUUGGGCUCAAAGAGUCAGCUCGAUCGCACUUACCCGCCUGCUGGAGGCCAACAGACCUAUCCUCUCCAACGUCAUCGUCCAGGGAGACCUGUUGCCGGACAAUUCAAAUAUCAUUCGCACUCGGUCCAAAGCCAAGACGAUGCCUCACAAGUACAGCCAGAUACCCAUCUCUGCCAAGAUGCUGAAGCUGCUUCUCAGUGACUGGCAACACGCAAGAAGAGGCCCACCCGGCCCCUCUGCAGAUGAUGCAGCGGAUGGUGCGCGCACACCGGAGACUGACGAUGAGGACGGCGAAUGGGAUGACGAGGAGGACUAUGCGCCUAAGAGGGGUGCUCUGGGAGAUAUCAUUCUGUCAGAUGUCCUGGGCCCCACGGGAUUUCCUGGCUACGGCGAAGACGAUCUUUUCGACCUCAACGGACCGGAAGAUCCUGAUCUCGCUUCGGACGAGGUGUACAACAUGGAUGCGAAGGCAUACCUCUCCAGCUUUUUGCGCUCUCAGAUACAAUUGCCUGACGCGAACGCUCGGUAUGCGCCGUACCUCUCCAGUGAGGAACAGCAGGUUGCAAGAGCAGCGACGGGUGUCUGAACAUUGGUCGUGUCAAUCAGAGUCUUUGCAAUGCAGUGAAGCGCAUACCCGCUAAUUUGAAUGCACGAUU